GGAGGAGCUGGUGUUACAUUUCCCUAAAGCUGCACUAGAACUGGUUAAGUUAGGUGUUAGUGGUGAACACUGGCACAGACAGUCCACAGAGCAGCAUCAGGAUGGAAGGGAUCUUCAUUGGUGUCUUGUGUCUCUCAGGGUGCCUCACCUUCUCCACAUGCCUCCUCCAUCAGUACCACUUUGUGUCUAAUGCAAAGACUUGGACUGAAGCUCAGAGCUACUGCAGAGAGAAGUACACAGACCUGGCCACUAUUGAAAACACUGAAGAAAUGAAGAAACUUAAAGACACAGUUUCUGCUGCUGGUAACAGCUCCGAGGUUUGGAUUGGCCUGUACAGUCAUAUUGACUGGAAGUGGUCAGAUGGGUUCAACCAGAGUGGAGCUGAAUGUAGGAGCUGGCAUCGUAAUCAACCAAACAAUUUUAACGGCAAUCAGUUCUGUGUGGCAGUAACGUACGUUGGAGAACUGUAUGAUUUUUUCUGCAAUCGAAAAAUGAUAUUCUUCUGCUACAGAGGAACAUUAGAGGAUUCUGACUUUGUGCUCGUGAAUACAACAAAGACUUGGUCUGAUGCUCAGAGGCACUGCAGAGAACACUACACAGAUCUGGUCACUGUGAGGAACGACACUGACAAAGACAAGAUAGAGAAUUUGAAAUUAUCUCACGAUUUGAGAUGGAUCGGUUUGUACAGAGAUCCUCAGAUUUACUGGUCCGACGGGAGUAACUACUCAUUCAGCUCCUGGUAUCAGGGUGAACACCCACUUGGCUCGAUGAAAGUCGUAUGUGGUGUUGCAGAUUUGGAGCAGGGAGGAAACUGGAGGUUAUGUUCCUGUGAAGAAAGAAAACCAUUUGUCUGCUACAGCAUCACAACAGUGAAGACGUUGGUGAAGAUGAGGGUGAAGCUAGAGGACUCCUCUUUGGACCUGAAUGAUCCUGCUGUGAAACAACAGAUUCUGAAACAGCUCCAGGACAGAUUGAAGGAGAACGGACUGAGUGGCGUCACCUUGAAGUGGAAAGAACAGGCUGAUGGGAAAGUUUUCCACAAGGAGGAAAAAGGUUCUGACAAGAAAAAAAAGACUGAACUUUAAAUAUUUGAAUUCAACUUUCAUUGCGUGCGCCAAUGUUUUAUGUCUGCACGUAUACACACCUCUAUCACUGUACGCAGUUAAACCAUACCAAUGAAUGAUGUUGUUGUAAAACUAAACGUUGUGUGCUUAUAUGCUUAAACUGUGCGUCUGUGUAUAAAGAGCAUCAGGAACUUGAUGCAGCCUGGGAAGAAUGUCUAAUUAACACCAGACAACAUGUAAUUAGUUGCUAGGCAGGUUAAUAAUGUUACAGCUGAUUAUUCUUAUACUAAGGAAAUGACAAAGACCCACAGCACAGGUCAAUCCCAUGUAAAACAGAUUUCUGGCUGCAACUGUACGCUUUCACCAGACAGCACCAUAUAUCCAGCAUAACGAAAUGUAAUGCUUGCGCCCCUACUGUAAUGAUUGUUUUUUGAACCUAUAUUAAGUGUGUAGAAAUGUAAUCCGAAAAAAAAAUGCAGAUAGACAUAACCCGAAUCUAAUGGAGUCUGGAGACAGGACCUUCUAAAUCGAGUAAGGCCUGAAACAGAGGCCUCCAGACCUCCAAGAUUUAUAAUGGUGUCAAAGUUAGACCAACAACCACAACUUUAGUACACCAUUAUAAUCGAACCCUGAUGAACUGUAGGGGGAGACAAAGUCGACUUGGGAUAGUCUGACACCAUUAGGUUUCAGGAGGAAGUUUUGAACCAAUCAGGAGAUGGAGAGAUCCACCUCCUGAUUGGUUGAACGGGUAACAGCAGAGAUGAGGAUGAGCAUAUAAGCAGAGGGUUUGAAGCUCAGUCUUCAGUUGGGUUCCGGAGCCAGCUCGGGUUUACAUCUUGUAAAAUAAUAAACUCUACUGCAUUGAA